GCCUCCUCAGAUGAAGCAGCUUCAUCCACAGCACCCCAAGCUGAAGAAGAAAAACAGCAGGAGGAGAAGAAGACGACGAUGGAGAAGACAACGGAGAAGACGACGACGGAGAAGACGACGACGGAGAAGACGUCAAAGAAGACGACGGAGAAGAAGAAGACGAAGAAGAAGACGACUUUCUGGGGGCUUUUUAGCUGCUGCAGAAGAAAACAUAGAGUUUGUCCAGUUUCUGACGACAGCACUCAGGAACUUUUCACAAGCUCUAAUGAAAGUGAGGAUGAAACCCAACAGCCAGCCAGCUCCAUCCAAGCUGAGAAAGAGGCGUUAAAAGACAAGAUGGUGCUAGGAGACAAGAAAGCCAAUGAUACCAAGGAGAGUCCAACCACCCACAGAGAUGUCGCACAGGUCUCCUACCCACAGAGUGUCAGGGUUCAACAGGACUCCUGGUUUGGGUUUCCCAACCCAGGCCAGAUCUGUUACAUGAACUCCAGCCUCCAGAGUCUGCUGACACUCAGAGAGUUCAUCAUGGAUGUCAGCUCCCAGGAGGAGGUGUGGAGUUUGAGUCCAGGGACCGAGAUAAUAAGCUGUUUAAAGAACAUUGUAAGAUGUCACGGCUCCAAAAAUGCUGGAUACAAACUUUGGGCCCUUGCUAUGUUCAAGAGGGUCCUCUCUGUCCAGGCUCCUGAAUUUGGAGACUGUCACCAAAAAGAUGCCCAUGAGUUCCUAACAGCCGUUGUGGAUCAGAUAAGGAGUCUGGCUUCAUCACUACAGGAGUUUGCAGCCUUCACUGAGAGAAGCUACACCUGCCCCGUGAAGAGAAACCUGGUGUUUACAAUGCAGAACACCAGGAAAUGCAAAAGUUGUGGGGCUCAGUCCAUCAGAGAGGAAGACUUCACCAACCUUUCUCUGGACCUGGUCCCUGGAAGUUCAGUGCAGCAGAUGCUUCAGGAAUACCAGAUGGAGACAUUGUUGGAGUACAGGUGUGAGUGUGGAGGAAACACAUCAGGCCAGCGAUCCACAUUUUUGACCCUGCCGAAAUUCCUGAUGUUACACCUGAAGAGGUUCACGUUCACCCAGGAUCUACUGAUGAGGAAGCUGCACUACCCCGUCGACCUCUGCAGGGGGCUGCUGGUGACCUCCACACAGGCUGAGGGUUGGUACAGCCUGGUCAGUGCCAUCAGUCAUUUAGGAUCUGGAGGAAACGCAGGACACUACAUCAGCGAUGGACUGCACCCUGACCACACACUGGAGGACCACAGUGACCGCUGGCUCCUGUAUAACGAUGCUCAAGUGUUGGAGACGACUGGAGCCUUCGUUUGUGAGACACGCCAGAAAACAGCUUAUGUCCUCUUUUACCAAAAGAGGAUGUAGCCAGUCUGGUAAUGGUGAGACUGAAUGAUGCUGGACUCCCUGGAUGACACCAGGAGCACAGACAGGACCUGUAGAUGAGGAUCCAGUCAGGUAAGCAGCCACAGAGGCUCUGCAGGUAAGUCUGUGCUCUCUGUUUUUGUGCUGCAGAUAGUGAAGAUGGUGGUUUCAGACGGGUCCAGCAGCUUGUCCUGUGUCCCGGAGCAGCAGGAGGUCCCCCAGCCCUUAGGAGGAAGGGUUCCCUCAGAGAGCCAGGUUCCUCCCGAGGUUUCUUCCUGUUUAAAGGGAGUUUUUCCUCGCCACCGUUGCUAAGUCACAGCUCAUCUUCUGCUUCCAUCGACUGUUUUGUCACUGGAUUGGACUGGAAGUGACAAAUCUACCAUCAUUAUAUGGGGAUGAGAUGGAUGACUGGCUUGCUCUCUGAGGAAAGACUGGAUGUAAAUAACAAAAUGUUAAUUAAUAUAAUGUAUAUAAAUAUUUUUUUAAUAAAUUAAUAUAUAAUUUUAA